AUGAGAAAUCCGCCUCCAGAGGUCAUACGGACGUGGCCAAAGCCAAACCGCAUCAAUCCAGAGUUUCAAGGACCUGAGUUGGCCAUUCUCGGAGUCACCUUCACCACAUUAUCAGUUAUCAUCGUUUCACUGCGCAUGUUCGUACGUCUUCAUUUGCGAAAAGCUGCGUCAUGGGAUGAUUGGCUUAUGGUGGCAGCUAUGCCGUGUCUAGUGGGCAUCUCAGCAGCAGCAAUCAUCAGUACAAAUUAUGGAUGGGGCUAUCACAUCUGGGACUUCAAGUUCAACCAUUUCAGAGAGUCGAGAAUAACGAGUUACAUAUGCCAAAUCUUAUUCGUUCCGCUCAUGUCCCUCGUUAAACUAUCUAUUCUGGCUUCCUACCUCCGUUUCUUCACCGAAAAGAUAUACAUCAGAAUAGCAUGGAUACAGGUCGGCCUGGUUCUUGCUUGGUUUAUCACUUUCAUGGUGCUCAUGCUUAUUGCCUGCAUUCCGCUUACGCACUACUGGACCUCCUUCCUACAAGAAGGCUGCAUGAACGAAGAAUAUAGAUUGCUGCCAGCUAUUUACUCCAACGCUGUGAUGGACGUCAUGAUACUUCUCACACCUUGCCCUGCGCUGUGGAAAUUGCAUCUACCAUUGCGAGACAGAAUUGUCCUUAUCGUGAUGAUGACUUUGGGUUUUAUUGCCUGCUUAGCAGGAUGCAUCAAGUCGUUUUACAUGUACCAGACCCUUGUGGGAACAUACGAUGUUACCUGGGAAGGAUACAAAGUCUGGGUAUGGACCGACCUCGAAAUAAACCUUGCCGUGAUCUGCGCCUCGAUACCUGUUCUCCGGCCAUUUGUACAGAGAUACUUCCCAAAUCUGGGUUUCAAGAGCAACAAUUCUUCGACGCCGUACGGCAACCGAUGGGGCAGCAGCAACCGUUCCAACGGAUUGGGGUCUGGGGGUAUCUACAAGCAGCAAACCAUCCACCAGACCGUCAGGUCUCGUCAGACCACAGAGGAUGAAGACGACGGAGGCUCUACCAUUGCCUUGAGCCCCUCUGAGUUCCCUCUAACAAAGACACAUCCAACUUCGCCUGUGCCCUUCGACAACCGUCCUCCUGAAGCGCGCAACCCAUCCCGCAGUGGCUUCCGCAACGAUUCCAAUUAUCCCGAUCAUCAGAACGAUUCUCGAUAUGCGAACUACGCUUGA